AUGCGCGCAGACGUUACUAGUACCACCUCGGGCUCCGAUCUCGGAAAUGAUCAAACGUGCUUGCCAACGACAGAAUGCCGAGAGAGAGACAGCGUGAAUCCCAUAAGCAAGAGUCCUACCUACUCUACUGUAGUGGGACAGAGGAUAUCUUCCGUAUUGCUACAGGCUCAUGUAGAGAUCUUCCUCGAGCACCUUUAUCCUAUCAUGCCAGUGUUCGAUGCCGACGCAGUGAUGGUGGACUGCGCGAACCCCGAAAUACUACCACCGAGACGAUAUGCUUUCCUUGCUGCGAUGUGCGCUGCCACCCAUCUGCAGCUAAAACUUGAUUUGCCUCAUGGCGCCACUCACGGGGAGAUUUCACCGUCGGGCAGAAGCCUCAUCGAUCAGGCUAUACAAGCGCUGCGGGAUUUCGAUCCGGUUGACGAACCUCACAUCGACUCGUUACUCACUUUCUUCUUUUUGUUUUCAGCAUACGGCAACCUCGACCAACAUGAUCAUGCAUGGCAUUACUUGAGCCAGAGCAUAUCAUUCGCAUUUUUGUUGAAACUUCACCAAGAGCAAACCUAUUUACCACUAGACGCAGAAGUAGCCGAAUUGAAAAGAAGGAUUUACUGGCUGCUCUUUAUAACCGAGAGAGCGUACGCUUUACAGCGCAGCAUGCCGAUCGUGCUACGAGCUUGCAUCCAGAAGCCGUCUGUCUUCGCUUCCAAGUCGCCAGCAAUUGCUUACGGAUUCGUCAAUUUGAUUUCGGUCUUCGAGAAACUUCCCCUCAUCUUUUUCGAUUGGGAUGCAAGCGCCGCCGAAUCUCUGAUUUUCUCUGACACGGCUAACUCCGUCUACCAUUGUAUGGCUAUUUCGACCCCUUUGCUGGCUGAAUACAAUGAGACGCAAAGAGUAGACCUGGUCGUCACACAACAGUGGCUUCAAGCGCGUCUGUGGAAGGUUUACACUAAACAAGACAGCUCAAAGUGCAACCAGGGAACCGUUAUACCGGUAGAACUCCUAGUCAAUGCAGGAAAAUCCGUGAUGGCUCUUAUGUCAACGGUAUCACAAAAGUCAGCCGACGCCCAUGGCAUCGGUAUUGAACAAAAGCUGUACGACAUUGGAGAGGCUAUUUCGUUGCUUGCAUAUGCGUUGCUUCCCAGAACGAACGACAGCGCUGGGGAGCUAUUUACUUGCACACAGGGGCUUUUAUGCGGCAUACUUCAUCGUUUAUCCAGUAUUCGUGGGUCCCAAUCAUAUCUCUUUGACCCCCUUCUCCAAAAAUCCCACGAAAUACUUGGCCUUGACAGCCUUCCGGCAUCCCUCGCAUUCCAGACGCAAUUGAUCCCUGACAUCCCAACGGAGGACGGUUUGGAGGCAGCUGAUUCUGGUGACUAUGACUCAUUACUAUUGUGA